UCUUCGGUGAACACCACAAAUUCAUUGCAAAAUGUCAUGUCAUCGAUUGAAAAACCAUCAGCUGGUUCAACAGAGAUGAAAAGUGUGGUAGAACCGAAUCGAUCUGUGCCUUAUUCUGCGGUGAGAACUAGCAGACUCAGUCAGGAUUCUAAUGCUUCUUCAUCGAGUACAACUUCAUCAGUGUUAAAAUUAGAUCCUGUACCAUCUAAAUUUUUAUCGAGAAGGAAGAAAAGUCUGCUUUAUUCUUCAUCCGAAGGAGAAUACCAAGAAGAAAAUGAAAGAUUGGAAAAAGAGUUUGAAAUAUCUGAAGAAGAUGCUCAGGCAAAUACAACUGACGUCAUUGAGGCACCAUUUUACAACAAAAUAUCUUCUGUCAAAAUAUUACAAAAGAAGGCGGACAUGAAAGAUCAGGAUAGAGAUAGAGACAGGAUACUAUGUCAAGUCAAUUUUAAAGAACAAUUCAGUCAACUUCCGCAAUUUAAACCUGAGUUAGUACCAACACCUGGAACACCGAAAGAACUUCCGACAACUCCUGAUGUUUUGUUGCAAAGUUAUAGAAAGAAGAGAAAGCUUUCUACAGAAUCUCCAAACACUCCAACUUCUCCUCAUUUAAAACGAAGACCAAGAAAAAAAAUUCACAAUAUUGGUUGUGAAACACCUCACUCAGCUAAUUCACUACCAAGUUCUGCAACAAAUACUCCUGCGUCAACUUCUGGAGGCGAUAUAUUUACAUUCGAACAUGGAGAGUCAAUCCUAAGAAAAGAUGAUUCUGAUACAUCUGAACCUCCUGAUUCAAGAGGAAGUUCAUUGAGGAAGAUUCUUGAUCUCAGAAGAUCUCUUGUGAUGAAAUUAUUCGAAGAGCAUGGAUUUUUUCCGAAAAAUCAAAUUACGGCAGAAUUUCAAGCCAGUCACUCUGAUGUGUUUCCAACCAAAAAUUGUCUUCAGCUGAAGAUAAGAGAGGUUCGUCAGAAAAUAUAUCAAUGUCAACAAGAUGAAGAACCAGCUACAAAGCAAACUUCUUCUACGACUUCGAAUCUAGUACAAUCCAAAAUAUCUUAAAAACCUUCCAAAUUAUUGUCCGAGGGACAACAAAUAGACUUGGCUAAAGGGAGAGCAAUAAAGCCAAAUGCUCAAAUAUUACAAAGAAAAACCAAAAUAACUCAAUAAAAUCAUUUUGGGUUAUUUAUCAUGAGGUUACAUAUUGGUUAUUGCCGGCCGAAUAUGACCCGAUUAUGGCAAAAACUUUAUGGGUUAUAACUGCCAGAUUCAGAACUGAUUAAACCAUUGACUGAUUAUGAAUCCGAAGCACAAAAUUUCUCAAAUGAAUGAAGCAUUUCGUCGAAAAGGAAAUUUGCUUGUCAUUUAUAAAUUUUAUGUUGGAGAUUUAAUAAUGUGAAUGACUGACUAUUCAUUUUUGUACAUACUUCUGAAUUGAAUAUUCUUAUUUUUCCUGUACUGUAGUCGACGUGUUUUUAUUUUGAAGGUGGCCAAAUUGUUGGAAAAGGUGGAAUGCAUAUUCGUUUGUCUCUGUUUUUAACAAAUCAGUGCCUAUUGAAAAGCGUACAUUUUUGAACUUGAAGAAUAAAGCCAGUUUGAGGUCUCUGUAUGCAUUUGAAGGUUUUUUACUUUUUGUUUUCGUGUCGGUUUAAUAUGUUUUCUUGCAUUUCAUCGCGAAUUUUGAGUUGUUGUAACGAUAGUUGUUCUUGUAUUCAGCAUUUCACUAUCUUCUUCUUUCUUGUGCGAUUUAGCAUAUUACAAAUGCUUUUACAUUGUUAACAACAACACAAAUUGCUAAGUUCCAUUUUAUUUUUAUGCUAUUAUCAUUUUAACGAAGCGCGAGGUAGUGUAUGUAUACACGGUGUCCUAUUAUUUCCUAUUUGUUCUGAUUUAGCUUCAUUUUUUUGUUACCACUACCAUUAGCGUUCCGCUAUUUUUCUUUGUUUGCUUGACACCGUUUUUUUUUCUUGUAUUGUACAUAUUUGUACUUUUAUUAUUAUUCUAUUAUGUUUGUAAAUAAUAUUGCCAUGUUUUUAUGUGCCUGUGACCAAACAAGGGACAGUAUUAUUAUAAAAUUAUGGCACAGUUGCUCAAGCGACGUGACAUACGCUUUUAAAAAUAUAAUGCACAUUUUUGUGACAAUUCGUUCGCUUAUUUUGUCACCCAAUUUACUACGAUUGUCACAUUUUCUUGUUAUGUUUUCGUCGAAAUGCUUGGCAGUUGGGUGUCUAUAAAAUAACUAUUGCAGAAUGAAAUUAGCUUGUUUAAUCAAAACUAUAUAUUUCAAUUGAUAAUGACUUAAAGAUUAAUUAUUCUACUUGAUUGAACGCAACUAUAUUAUCCUAUCCCUAAUAUAAAAUUAAGUCUACUAUUUCGGAAAUGUUGUCGAUGGUUUUGAACUAGUUACCAUACCAAUUAUCUUCUUUAUAGACAUGAAUUGGUAGAUAAUAUUUGGUCGAGUGUUUUUGUUCAAUUUGUAUUACUAAUUGCAAUUUAUAGAAAUAUUCGAAAAUUCCAUUUAAUAACAAAUUUCAGCUAUCAUGCGUGUGUUGAGUUGUCUUUCAAAAGUGAGUUCAGUGACAAUAUGGGAUAAUUCUUGUCACAGAUUUUUAAACUGCCUUCAUCAAACUUUAUGUAAAAACGAUUUUAUUUUACCCAUUCAAAUUGUUGAAAUCGAGCAUGGACAGGGGUACUUUGCAGUGGUUUCCAGUUCCUAACCUUACUCGGCCUAAUAUAAAUGUUUACGAUUUAACAGGGUGUGUAUUUUUGUACAUAGCAUUCUCUCUUCCAUUGUUUUUUCUUUGUAUCUUCAUCUUUAAUUAGAAAUUUUUCACUCAAGCACUGCCAAGCAUGGACUGAGUCAAAAUACUAUUCUUGACAAUGCUCGGUCAAGUGUGAAUUUCUAUUAAAUAUUCGUUUUUUGUUCAUUUGAUGAAAUUUUUAGCGGUUUAUUAUUAAAAAAAUAUUAGAUGAUUUUGUAAUUAUCCUGAUCUUAUGAUUUUAAUACACAAAUGCUCUUCAAGUUCCGUCAAAGAUAAAACUUGUAAUCGGUAAUAUUAUCUGAUUUUAUCUCAUCUCAAGUUUUAUAUUCAUACUAUUAAUGUAAAUUAACUGAGGUAUGAUUGAAAAAAUUUUAGAUAAUUGAAAAAUUUUUAGAUAAAUGUUGCACUGUCUUUUAUGUAGAGAAUUAUUUUGGCGAUUUAGUAGCUCACAUGAGUUAUUAUAUUAUAAAUGGACAGUUAUAUGAAUUAUAUGGCCACAGUAGAACCAAAAUAUCUCAUGUCACAUUUUUAGUUUUUAGAAAAAUAGCAUUUUAUCAAUAGUUUGGUUCUAACAGCUAAACUGAAAAAUUGACAUAAAGGGGUACCACCGUAGUAUAUGUACUAGGGCAAAUUAGGAUUAGGCCAUAAUUUUAUUAUGAUUUUUCUUAAGCUUUCCGGCUGAACCGAGAGUUCGCGGACUGGCCUUUAUUUAUACAACUUGAUGUGAAGUAGGCGAACAAAUUUAGUUACCUCCAUAAAGGUACAUACACUUCUGGGGCGUCCAUAAAGGACUACUUAAAAUCAAAACUAAAACAAAUACAACUUCGAAGACCCAGAGAUGGUCCCGGGUCCAUAAUGACAGAUAGAUAUAAAAGUCCGUUACAGAAUAAUGUGAUAUGAGCUACUUUCGUUUUACUGCGGCUAUAUUCUUGAGGGUAAAAAAUCUAAAAUUUUGCAUAUGUGGUUUAUUAUUAUAGCACUAAUCAAAUGUUAUUGAAACAAACUGCACUACUACUUUUUAAUAAAUAAUAUUUUAUUUUCGAUUUAAAAUUAAACAAUUCCCAUUAUACAGUACCCUGUUCAUUUACAUAGCUCAUUUGCGACAUUUACCGAAUAUAUGUCGCCUAUUCAUAAUACUUAUAUCCAUUAGAUUUGAUUUCAUAGUUCAAUUUCUUAACAAUAUUUUCAAGCGACGCGUUUUGGGGUUUCAGGAUUAAGAAUUUAAUAAAGACGCUGUUAUCUGUUACUACUUCACUCUAUUAUAAGUUUUCUUUCUUCUGUUCAGAUUUUUUCUCCGCAUUCUGAAUUGUUUUUGUUGAGCAUGAGCCUCAGGCAGUCAGUAGUUCACUUCGACUGUAUUCUAAAUGGGUCAAGACAAUGAUUAUAAAUAUAGAUAAAGAUGAAAAUAUGUAGUACUCUUAUUGGCCACUUUGAAUAUAAUUUCCCUGGCAUAUAUGUUAAAAUUUUCAAAAAUUCAUACCAUACUUACCGAAAAAGUUUCCAAAGUUGUCACAGUAUUUUUUAUGUUUUAAAACAACAAUUUUCAAGAUGUUUUAAGAUUCCUUUCGGGUUCCUUGAUUUUGAAAAUGAUUUAAUAAUUGAUGACUUGAUAUGCUUUCUAGUUUCUAUAUUCAAACCAUUUGGCUAACCUUAGCUAAAAGGCUGGUUUUAUUCUGGCCUGUGUUUGAUUAUUUGUUCUGGCUGAAAACCAGAAAGUUUUAGAACUUCUGUUCUUUUUAAUAAACUAUUUCAUUUCCAUGUGAUAGUAGUAAUGUAUUAGGUAAAACUAUUAGUUAAUUGUUAUAAAUAAAUUACUUUAAACAAUUCGUCUAGUUUGUUUGAAGCCCUGAUUUUUGCAUGCAGAUGAACGCUUGUUAAAACAGCUUUUUGCCAUUGUAAACUACCUAUUACUGCCCACACAGAGAUAAUUUAUGUUCCCCUAUUAUUUUUCCAGUGUUGUUUAUAGGCCUUAACAAGUACUAUCCUGUGAUAUUGUAAAGCACAUAACUUAGCAUAUCGAGCAGCUAAUUAUAUGUUAUAAUAAUCCAUGAUAAACUGCUGAUAAUGCAGAUUGUGUUAUUUGGCUCACACUUUUCAAUAUUAUGAUGGUUAGAUAUGUUUUCAUUAUAGUUAAUACUUCUGUGGCUUAUGCUCUACAAAGCACAAUUAAUGUUGGUGCAUUCGUUGCCUUGGUUCGUGGUAUUCAAAGCAUGAUCUUACAGAUUUUCUGCCAAUUCACCUUUUCCGUUCUGUUGUGUAGAUUUUGAAUAAAAGAAUUUAAAUUGCUCUA